AGACGGUGCUUGUUUUCACUGUAAGGUCGGUUGUUGUCGCUUGCUAAUUUGUCUAAGUAAAUCUAGUUGUACAUAUUGUACAUAGACACUAUGGACAGUAAGGUGAAUUGCAAGGAACAUGUUCUUAAGGUUAAUAACCAUGAGGUUGUUGAUAAUGGACAUACUAGCUACUUCUCUAAAAUGCCCCCUGCAACAGCAGAACAACUGACCAUCGCAAAAGUUCUAUCUAGGCCAGAUAACGAUGUAAAUAUCCGGUGCUACGUUGUUCAGGUAUGUUGCUUCUACCAAGGGACUGGAGGUUUCAGCUUCAAGAAUUAACUGAGUGUUCAGAAGACCAGGCAGUCACAGCAUUAUAUGACUGCGAAAACAAUAUUGAGAGAGCAGUUGAGCUAGUUCUAGAUCAGUUCCGCUGCGGUAAGACAGAAGAGUGGCACACAACUGUCAGCAAGCGUGGCAAAACAAGGCACUCUCAGUCGGUACCAGAACCCGGACCAGAUACAACAGCACCUCAGAAAAAAGCUCCUAAACAGAAACUAGAAAAGCUUGUUGAAAAUCAAGAUAAAUUCUCAGGACAUAACGUUUCGGUAUCACCUCCAGUUAACGUCACCAAAAAUUCAAACUCUCACCCUGAAAAGUUCAAGAAACAAGGCACAAAGAAAAGAAAUCCACAUAGAACAGAUGCAGUCGCUAGUGACCGAGCUAUCAUUCCACCACAAAGCCGUAAUGAUGAUGUGCUGUGCAACAGUUCGAAGCAGUUGCCAGAAAGAAAAAGUAGAGUUGAGUCUGAGGGUAUGUUCAAUUUAUGGUUCAACUUGCAUUUAGCAUGGGAUCCGUACGCUGACUGUGGAGAGUGGGAAGGGGAUUCAAUCGAAAUAGUUAAUUCAAAUGCAUCCAUUGCCAUGGGUAUGCAGGAAGCAGUAUCCUUACCACCAGAACUCUUCCAUGACAGUCCAAGUUGUUCGGAAAAAAAUUUAAACGUGGAUUUCAAUUCGCAUGUUGAUGCUGUCCAAAAUCUUACUAAAGAUCCAGAUGCUUUGGAUGCAGAAGCAUUGUUUGCGUCACUUGCCAAAAGUAAACCGCCUCCCCGCGCGUUUACUGGGAAGCUGGAGACGUCAUUAUUUUUUGCCCCGGAAUUGUUGCCUAGUGAUCAAUUCAACUGGAAACCGACUUUCGGUGGUGAAUGUCCUGGUUCACAGUUUAAUACCAAUACAACUGCAAUUCUGAGUCCUGGACAGAUUGGCAGUAAUGCAGACGAACCACUUCGAUCACAAAAUGACUCUCGAAAUGUCCAAACAUCCACGGACCGACCCGAUUGUAGUCCGAAGCAGUUUUCGUUCCCACAAAUAUCCCAACAAUCACAUUCCAGUGAUUUUGAACUUAAGAACGCGUCGUUAGGCGUUCUUUUAGAUCCUCCACCUAAAACAGAAGAAAAGGUAAGCAAUGUUCCCAAUGACUAUCCAUCGCGACACUACGAUGAACAAAUGGUGUCUAAAGUAGCACUUUCAUAUCCGAUAAAUCAUAAUAAACAGACACCCUCCAUGGUUGCCAGAACUACCAGUGAUAAACCCAGUUAUUUGGAACCAAAUAUUAAGAACUAUCUUUUGGAUGGUCUACCGGAUAACAUGAGCAAAAUGAACGUUGGAGAGGUCACUGGACAAAGCACAAAAGAUCAGUUUUUAAUUCAGAAUAACGCACAAUCAUCUCUCGCCCCUUUUUCUCAUGGUCAAAAUGAACAACACAUGAUUCCUCACUUGAAUAAAAUACCCGCCUCACAUGCUAACACCCACGUAUCUGGACACACUCAACAGGUUAACAAUUCCCAGGCGACUCAUCUUCCUCCAGGUAUGCCACACUUCAUCAGUCAGUUCGCUCCACCUGCUUAUCACAUGUUUAAUUUACCAGGCGGUUCUAGUACAACCCCUGCUAUUUUCGAUCUCGAUCAUUUGCAGCUCUUGCAACAACAGAGAAUGCUGUAUGACAUGCACUUACAGCACCAGGCUGCCACUACUGCUCAAAGUCUUCUUACUGCAAAUGCAGACUCAGCCUCAGCAAAACCCGUCAGCCACAAUUUAUCAAAUCCAAUGGGUCAUGUUACUGCAGCAAACACAGGAAUGCGACCGGACAUGCUGACAACUGCACUUGGGCACACUCCACAGAUGAUGACACCUGGACACCCUUAUUUUCCUUAUCCCGGUUUUGUCCUCAUGAAUGGUUAUCCAAAUCCAUUUUUAAACCAACAACAACCAAAUUCAGACAAUCCCCAAGUUCAGAAUCCUGGUCAGUGUGCAUCACCGAUUACCCAGCACCAAUCCCAGCUAAACCAAGCUCAAUCUUAUAAUAACCUCAAACAACUGGGCAAUGGAGUUGGGAACUAUGAAGAUUUGUUAGAUGUCAAGUAUGGUGACCCAUCCAAACAAGGUUUGUGUUUUGCGAGUUCCAAUUACAUUCGUUAUAAGCAAUAGUCGACUGUAUUUUUUAAAGGAAUGUUAUUUUAUCAGUGUACUUGAUUAGCAUAGUAUAGUGGUAUGUAAAAGUCGAUUUUAAUUUUGUUUCUAUAUCACGCAGACAUAGCUUCGACCGAUUUAAACCUCUUAACCACAGGUGAACUUAAACCUCUGUAUUAAUCGUCCGUAGCCAAGACAGAGCCUGGGAAAAAUACAUGUCAGUCCGAGUUGAUCGAGUUGCAUACCAAAUUAGCUAGAGAAUAUCAAAUGCUCCAAAAUAAUUGUAGUAGUACUAAUAGUGGAAAAAAACUAAACACUGAGAAUCUAGUUUAAAAGAGGUAAUGGAAAGUUACGUAUGAAGGUAAACUGGGAUAUAGAGGGAAGUUUAUUAAAUGCUCUUACAGCAUCAUGACCAAUUCUGCACCAUGCCAUCUAACUUCUCCAACCACUAGUUAGUUAUCGGUUCCUAAACAACUGCUUAUACUCUUACUACAUCUACCACUAUGGGAUUUGAAUCGACAACUGUAUCUCUGUGCUAAUACGGUAUGGCAACUCGAACUGAUGUACGUACGUACGAAGUUCUACGUUGUUACUGACUGACUGACCCUAAACAACUAGUAAAUAACCAUUAUUGUUAUAUGUUUCGGUGAACAGUGAUCCUUUAUUUUAUCUCUAAAAUGAUGCUAAGAUUUCGCUCCAUGAGCAGACUAACUUUCUGAUCUCAUGAGUUUACUUUUUCUGUAAUUAGACAGCUGAAACUACAUAUCUGUCACCUACUGCCACUUUAGUAAUCCUUAUAGUGGUAUCAUAGAUUUAACGCAUUUAAUGUCAUUCUAUGAUAGAAUGUUCAUAAUAAAUCCAUUGAUUUGUAUAUCAAACGAUUUUCGUGUUUUUAUAUUUCAGUUGGCUUCAAAACUAGCUCAAACCCACCCAACUAUAGUUCAUUCCAAUCUCAAGGAAUGUCACUAGAUACUGUCGGUGGAAAGUUAUCUUCUGCCUCUCAUUCCAACAACGGAUCUCUGGUUCAAAAUUUUAACCAUGGUAAUAGCAAUUCUCAUGCACAGCACUUUUCACCACAGUUUUACGCAUCUGUGUCGGGUUCACCAUACAUGAACACAGUUGCUGCCGCUGUAGCUGCAGCAGCAGCUGCUAAACAUGGACCCAAUAAUAGUUCUACCGUCAGUACAAAUCAAUCUAAUCCAAAUAUCGGUGUUGCUACUAACCAAGCUGGCGCUGUUACUGGGCAAAAUCAAAUACAUUUACCUGGGAACUCGUCUCAAGGAAUGGUCUUGGGUAAUGCAGGUCAAAGCUUACAUCACCAACGUGCUCCAAUUCCACACGCACAACACUGAUCUAAAUGAAUUACUGAUAAAGUUAUUAUACUAAGCUAGUUGUUGUUUGUCACUCUGCUUUGGCUAAUCUUAAAUCAAAGUUGUCCAUAGAGUGGUUUUCUACUCGAUUUCACUUACGUGGUCGAGACAUUUGCCUUUUAGAUUUUUGGCAUGUGUAAAUAUAUACAAAUGUUCUACCGAGAUUAUUACUUUGAGACAUGUUUUCUUCCCAAUUUAUGUUUCUGCGAAAUGCUUGCACUAGGUUUUCACUUUAACUUCAUUUUCUUACUGAUGUUCACAUCCUCAUAUGUUGCAUAUCUCUCAUGAGCUUUCGUUUUUGUAUCCAUUAUACUCGUUCAGCUUGAUCCUAACGAAUCUAAAGCGCUGAUCUAAAAUAAAUUUAUUUGACGU